AUGCCAGGAGGAACUCGUCACACGAACUUCUGUAACAACAUAGAAGCCUAUCACAAGAAAAGGGAAGAAGAGCAAUUUUAUGACUUUACCAUCCGGGACAAAGAUGACAUGGAGGUUAAAUCACACAAAUUUAUUCUUGCUUCUCAAUGUGAUUACUUCGCAGCUCUAUUCCGCUUCCAUUCAAAUUGCCGUGAAACUAAGUUUGUUAAUUUUUCAAAUGAUGAGAUAAAGAUUUGCAUUGAAUAUUUGUAUACUCAAAAAGUGAACCUCAAGGAAAGGAAUGUUGAAAAUGUUCUGAUGUUUGCCGACUACAUCAAUCUGACGGAUGUGCGUGGCAUUUGCAUAGAUUACAUCAUCAAGCACAUUGAUCAGUCGAAUUUAGGCCACGUGAUUGGGCUUGGUUACAAACUGGAAAUAAAAGAGCUAAUUGAAGCAGGCGUUAAAAACUUUGGGCCUCAAGAUAUCAAUAGUCUGGAUACCUUCUCCAAGGACAUGAUAAAUGACGUUGUCCGUUUGCAGCAAGAGCAAGUCACGAUUAUGACACAGGUGCAAUGGAAAUUCAAUCUGAUAAAGCAGUGGCUGACAGCGCCGAACGAUGAAAUGGGCUUCGAAGCUCGAGGAUCUUCAGUACACGGCAUGAAUUUACAUAAUUGGGGGCCCAAAUUUUCAAUUGAUGGUAAAGUUUCAAAUAACGACUGUUUCUACUUUCACUCCGACCUUGAGAUGCACCCGUGGCUGGAAGUGAGAUUUCCUUCUCCAGUCGUGAUUUCGUCCGUGACCAUUAUCAAUCGUAAAAAUGGCUGUUGGGCAAGACUAAGGAAUGUAGAAGUCAGAGCUGGAAUGACACCUGUGCCUGAUGGGUUCACAGCACGUGACAGAGGAUACCAUAGCAACAAAAAACUUCAGGUUAACAAUCAGUGUGGGCACUUUGAAGGACCAGCAAGAGGAUUUGUUAGCGAGGGACAUACCAUCGUUUUUGAUAGGCCUACACUAGCGCAGUAUGUUACUUUACAGAUUUUAGAUAAAGAAUAUCUUCAGAUAAACGGUCUGAAAAUUAAUGGAGGUGACUUGCUGAAUCAUAAGGAUGAAUGUUUUUAA